UAUUCUUGUUGUAAAGCAACCUCAAACUUUUGAGUCAAACUGUAUGUAACCACUUUAAAUUGUUAAUAAUUAAUAACAAACAUCAUCAGCAAUGCACCAACUAAUGCAAUAUGUACUUUAAAUACAUAAUUACGAACAUACCACGUGAAAUAACCAAACACAUACUUGAAGGUACGUAAUUUUAAUGCAAUUAUUCUGUACGAUUAACGUCAUUGAUUGUGAAUUUAGUUUAACUCGAAGAACCAACUUCAAUCGUUGUCUUUAGUAAUUUGUAGUAAAAUUUUUCGUUAUGUUUGUGAUUUGAUACGAUGGAGGUCUUAAAACUGAUAAGAUUCCUACGCAAAAAAAGACCAGAAAAAGAAGAAUUGUCAAAAAAAAGACACCUACCAAAGAUGCCAUCGUUAUGGAAAUAAUACAAGUGAUGCUAGUGCUUUAAAAUAACAAAACAUUAAAACUUUUAAUAAAAAUGUUAGCGUGUGGAAUAGUGACAAUACUAUUUUUGCAAGUGUAUGGUGCUAGUGUAAGCUUUAGGUGGGUCAAGGGUCAGGAUAUUCCAGAGAGCCCUUGCCCGUAUAUUUUCCGGUACAACGUGGAUACCAAUGGGAAUUUGUACGGGAAAAUAACAGUACCCAAGCCUUCUAACGACGAAAAAGUUCAAUUAGAAGUUAAAUUUCAAGUGCCCAAUGUGGUUCAGGGAGAAAAUGGAAGAAUUGAUCUUCUUGCAGAGAAUCCAGGAGAUAGUUAUAUGAAUUAUAACCUGUUCUUUCCCGCCUGGAUCAAUCAUGCGCCUAAAAUUACCAGCAUUUCUGUAAACAAUCGACAGAUAUGCGCAGGGCCGGCUUUCGACAGAAUAAUUGCACCUACGUUAACCACAGUUACAUUAUGGAACACGCGAACGCGUAUUAUCACCAAAACUCCUUGUGUAAAUGGAAUUUGUGAAAAUCAACCACCGAUAACCAUCGACUUUCGACCAAUUCCACCACAAAAUUCGAAAAAAGUGUAUCCUAGACUGGAUAAUAUCCUCAAAGCCUUAGAGGUGUACCAAGAAUCGGGACAAAUAAAACCAGAUAUCAUUAAAAUUGGUACUACUCCACGUCCGGUUCCAAGAAGCCAGAAUUUCAUUCCGUCUCCGCGGGACUCAGCUACUUCCACCAAAAUUCAAAAGAACCCCUUCCUAAACGGCCCACUAAAUCCCCAGCUGAGAUACCCCAUUGUGCCACAGCCGCAGUCACCACGGAUAAGUGGUACAACAACAUCCGACAUAACGUUUGAAGAACCGGCUGAUUCUUCGCCAGAUAAUGAAAUUAUGAGCAAUAUGAACGCUACGAACAGCAUGAUGGAGGUGUCUGAGCCAAAAUUGGGUAAAAUUUACCCUUACAACGACACGUGUGGCAUGUCACCUGAUGUAAACCAUCUCAUAUAUGGUGGAAAAGUGAUUUCCAAUAGGCAGGAGUUUCCAUGGUUGGUUGCCAUGUUUAGGAACAAGCUGGGGUUGAAUUUCCUAUGUGGUGGAUCAUUAAUUUCCAAAAAACACGUUCUAACGGCGGCUCACUGUGUUAAGGAAAACGACAAAACCAUCCCAACCCAUCAACUACUGAUAAUAUUGGGCAGAAAAAAUCUUCAGGUAUGGUCAAACGACGAUGGAGCUGAACAAGUAGAAUCGGAAGAACUAAUAUUACACCCCGAUUACAGAAAGGCCACCGCAGACGCAGAUAUAGCCGUCGUGGUGUUAUCUAAAGGAAUCAGAUUUACUCCCUACAUCAAACCCGUUUGUUUGUGGAUGGAUAAUAAUGCAUUACAAAACGUCGUGAACUCGAGAGGUGUGGUUGUUGGAUGGGGAAGGGACGAAAAUGGGCAGGUGGUCACUUUUGAACCCAAACAAGUGACCAUGCCCAUUGUGGCUCAGGAAGCCUGUUUACGAUCGAACAAAGCCUUUGCUGACAUCACCUCUAACAGGUCCUUUUGUGCAGGAGAUAGGAAUAAUUCUGGACCUUGCAAUGGGGAUAGUGGAGGCGGUUUUGUGAUGAAAAUACGCGAGAAAUGGGUCCUUCGAGGGGUUGUUUCUUAUUCUCUCAGUAAAAGAGAUAGAAUUUGCGACUUAGAAGAGUAUGUUGUAUUUACAGAUGCCAGUAAAUUUACCGAAUGGAUCCUUAGUCUUAUAACUUAACGAUGUAAAAUUGUAUUCCAAAUAAAAGUGUACAUAUAUGAAUA